GAGCAGAGGGCGCAGGAGGGAGGUUAAACCGAAAGCACGACGGGGGCUACGCAGCCGUACUGUGGGAGGAGCAGCAGCGGAGCUUGCUCCUGGCAGGAUGGACGCUCCCGCGGUCUUCACCGAGGCAGAGGUUUACCAGCAGAGUUUCAACCCUCGGGAGUAUUUGAAAGAAUUUUACACCUUGAGCGACAGCCAGGGACAGCCAAACACGUUCCUGAUGCAAAACCUGAGGGCCCUGUUUAAAAUGUUCUCCUCGGGCGGGCUGAGGGGCGAUACCCUGAUAGACGUCGGCUGCGGCCCCACCAUCUACCAGCUUCUGUCCGCUUGCGAGCACUUCGAGGAGAUCAUCGCCUUGGACUACACAGACCAGAACCGCCGGGAGCUGGAGAGGUGGCUGAAGAAUGAAGCGGGAGCCUUCGACUGGCAGCCGGUGGUGAAAUACGUUUGUGAGCUGGAAGGGGACAGGGAGAAGUGGGCUGAGAAAGAGGAGAAACUGAGAAAGAAGGUGAGGCGGGUUCUGAAGUGCGACGUGACCAAAGCCAACCCCACGGCCCCCGUGUCCCUGCCUCCUGCUGACUGCGUCCUCUCCACCCUCUGCCUGGAGGCUGCCUGCAAGGACCUGGCCACCUUCCGCAGCGCCCUGCGAAACAUCGGAGCCCUCGUGAAGCCGGGCGGGCACCUGGUGAUGGUGACCGUCCUCCGGGAGACCUACUAUGCCUUCAAUGAGCAGGUUUUCUCGUGCCUCUACCUGGAGAGGAACGCGGUGGAGGAAGCCGUGGAGGGCGCGGGCUUUGACGUGGAGCUCAGCGAGGUCCAGCCGUACCUGCCCGGCGACAUCCGCACGGACUGCGAAGCCGUGCUGAGCCUUGUGGCACGGAGGCGCGCCUCCAGCACCGGGUAGCAGUGGGGCACCGGGGAGGGAAAGAGCAGUGUGUCUGGCUUCAGAAAGCCCUGCUGAUGUAACCUGCGGCCCCAUGCCCCUUCACCUGAAAGCAAAUAAACUUGCGAGAGCCCUAA